UAGCGCGCGAAUCGUUGGUGGUGGAGAGUCCGUAGUAGUCGCAGAACUCGAAUCUCGUCGCAGCAUGGCUCCGUCUCGUCUGGGUCACGUGAAGUUGCUCAUCAAGAAUGCGAAGAUCGUCAACGAUGACGCCAUCACUGAAGGGGAAAUCUUCAUUGAAGACGGGAUCAUCAGACAAGUUGGCAAGGACAUUCUCGCCCCAGGAGGAUGCGAGACCAUCGAUGCCAAAGGGUUGCUCUGCCUUCCCGGAGGUGUGGACCCGCACACUCACAUGGAGUUCUAUUUCAUGGGCUGCAGGACUGCCGAUGACUUCUAUACAGGCACCAAAGCGGCUCUGGCUGGCGGAACUACAACGAUUCUCGACUUUGUCAGUAAACGCGAGCCCGGAAUGACUUUGACUGAAGCAUUCGAUGACUACACGGCCCGUGCUAAAGAUAAAGCAUGCUGUGAUUACGGAUUCCACGUAGUUCUCAAUGAAAUGAAUGAGCAGGUCGAGGACGAGAUGGAAGAACUCACCAAGAAGGGCGUGAACUCAUUUAAAAUGUUCAUGGCUUAUAAAGACUCUCUGCAACUCUCCGAUGCGGAAUUGAUUCGUGGAAUGAAGAAAUGCGCUCAAAUCGGAGCCAUCGCGCAAGUCCAUGCCGAAAACGGAGAUGUCAUCCAGGAGAAUCAGAAACGGCUCCUCGAAGAAGGCGUCACGGCCCCCGAGGGACAUCUCGCGUCUCGUCAUGAAGAAAUCGAGGCCGAAGCCACCAACCGUGCCUGCGUCCUCGCUCAUCAGGUGAAUUGUCCCCUGUAUGUGGUUCAUGUCAUGUCAAAAUCUGCCGCUGACGUAAUUUCGGCCCGUCGCAACAAAGGACAAGUUGUAUGGGGUGAAACUCUCGGCGCAACUAUCGGAAUCGAUGGCGCCGAGCAGAGACACUCUUGCUUCAGACACGCAGCCGCACAUGUCAUGAGCCCACCGAUCCGGGACGAUCCCACUACUCGCGAUUAUAUAGUGAAUAUGGUCGCGAGCGGAGCGCUGACUUGUCUUGGCAGCGAUCAUUGUACGUUCGAAGCUCCGAAAAAGGCUCUGGGUGACAAGGAUUUCACAAAAAUCCCUAAUGGAUGUAAUGGCGUCGAAGAGCGCAUGUGUACUCUUUGGGAGAUGGGCGUCAAUCGCGGACGCAUCGACGCGUGCCAGUUCGUCGCUGCAACUUCGACGAACGCUGCAAAAAUUUUCAACCUAUACCCACGAAAGGGCAGGAUCGCUGUCGGCUCCGACGCCGAUAUCGUGAUUUGGGACCCACAACUCGUGAGGAAAUUCACGCCGGCCAGCCAUCACAGCGCCGCCGACUUCAACGUCUACGAGAAGCUCGUAUGCAGAGGAGCGCCGAGAUUCGUCGUGGCGCGAGGCCGUGUCGUCGUCAAUGAGGGUGAUCUGCAUGUUGGCCAAGGUUGGGGUCGGCUGCUCCCGAUGCCAACAAAUGGUCAACACGCAUUCGCCCGUAUCCGUGUCCGAGACAACCUACCGCCUGCUCCGACGGAAGAAGAAGUUAUCGAAACACCACCUCCUCCGCGCGCCUCUGUGACCGCAUCCCCGGCUCCGAGCGCCGUCGAUUCGGUAGAUGGAGGGUCAGUGUGCUCGGGCGUCGCGACUCCCGAGCACCGCAGACCUUCGAGGGACAUUUUCCCGGCUCAACCAAAGGAAUUCCACAGUAGGCCUCUGACCAAAGGGGGCUCGAGGAACUUGCAAGAUUCAUCUUUCAGUCUGAGCGGAGCCCAGAUCGACGAUACAAGGAACGCAAAGUCCUCGGUUCGAGUCCACAAUCCUCCUGGCGGUAGAAGCCACGGUAUCUGGUAAGGGUCAGACCCCUGGAUACGAUACGUGCGGCCCAUAUAUCUGGGAGUUACGUCAUCAUAAACCAUUGUUCGUGAGUCCCACUCCUGAGACUGUGAGGCCCCGUAUUGCGCGGAAUUCUUGAAACCAAAGAGACCGCCUAACAACUUCAUCACAGGACUCGAGCCCAAUGAAUGAUACCUGAACGAUGGGUCAGAGGGAUACGGCGAUUAUCACGAUGGCGAAAACUUCAGAAUUAUCAUCAUCCGCCAAGAAUUCACGGUC